GUUUCUCUAGCCAUGCGUGACUCUAUGGUUGCGUGGGCGGGGCCAGGAGGAAGAUGGCGGCGUCCGCAGCUGCCGCUGAGCCCCAGGCUUCUGGGGGUCUGCGGCACCCAGUGUGUCUGUUGGUGUUGGGAAUGGCGGGAUCCGGGAAAACCACUUUUGUACAGAGGCUCACAGGACACCUGCAUGCCCAAGGUACUCCACCUUAUGUGAUCAACCUGGAUCCAGCAGUACAUGAAGUUCCCUUUCCUGCCAAUAUUGAUAUUCGUGACACUGUAAAGUAUAAAGAAGUCAUGAAACAAUAUGGACUUGGACCCAAUGGCGGCAUAGUGACCUCACUCAAUCUCUUUGCUACCAGAUUUGAUCAGGUGAUGAAAUUUAUUGAGAAGGCCCAGAACAUGUCUAAAUACGUGUUGAUUGACACACCUGGACAGAUUGAGGUAUUCACCUGGUCAGCUUCUGGGACAAUUAUCACUGAGGCCCUUGCAUCCUCAUUUCCAACAGUUGUCAUCUAUGUAAUGGACACAUCGAGAAGUACCAACCCAGUGACCUUCAUGUCCAACAUGCUCUAUGCCUGCAGCAUCUUAUACAAAACCAAGCUGCCUUUCAUUGUGGUCAUGAAUAAAACUGACAUCAUUGACCACAGCUUUGCAGUGGAAUGGAUGCAGGAUUUUGAGGCUUUCCAAGAUGCCUUGAAUCAAGAGACUACAUACGUCAGUAACCUGACUCGUUCAAUGAGCCUGGUGUUAGAUGAGUUUUACAGCUCACUCAGGGUGGUGGGUGUCUCUGCCGUUCUGGGUACUGGAUUAGAUGAACUCUUUGUGCAAGUUACCAGUGCUGCCGAAGAAUAUGAAAGGGAGUAUCGUCCUGAAUAUGAACGUCUGAAAAAAUCACUGGCCAAUGCAGAGAGCCAGCAGCAGAGAGAACAACUGGAACGCCUUCGAAAAGAUAUGGGUUCUGUAGCCUUGGAUGCAGGGACUGCCAAAGACAGCUUAUCUCCUGUGCUGCACCCUUCUGAUUUGAUCCUGACUCGAGGAACCUUGGAUGAAGAGGAUGAGGAAGCAGACAGCGAUACUGAUGACAUUGACCACAGAGUUACAGAGGAAAGCCAUGAAGAGCCAGCAUUCCAGAAUUUUAUGCAAGAAUCGAUGGCACAAUACUGGAAGAGAAACAACAAAUAGGAGACUUUAGGACACUUCACUUGUUUCUAGAAGUCCAGAAUUUUGGACCUCCAUGUGAAAGAACUAUCCUUACCUCUGACUGGGGGCUCCCACAAGGGCUAAUUUUCCUCACAGUAGCAGAGUUUCUCUUAGAGAAAUCUUGUGACUCAGAUGAAGUCAGGGAUAGAAGACCCUUGGACCUGGCAGGUUAAUGCUGAUUAUUCCUUGGCUUUUCCCUUGUAUUUAUGCAAGGAAGGAUAUACUGAGCUGAUACUCUUCCAAGCCUGCAACUUCAGGUUUUAUCAUUUGAACUCAAGUACUUUUGCUGCUGAGGAAUGGAAUCAAAAGAACGUAGUCUCCUGGUGACCACCUCAUAUCUCUAAUAUUAGGCUAGAUGUAUAGCUUCUACUCCCCCAGCUUCUUGAUCUUGACCCUGCACUGUAAGUUGCCCUUCUAUUAGCAGCCAGGGAAAAGGGAAACAUGAGCUUAUCCAGAACGGUGGCAGAGUCUCCUUGGCAAUCAACCAACGUUGCUAUGAAAUAUGCCUCAUACUGUGUAGCUCAUUAUAGGACAUCAGGUUUGUUCAAAAAGACAUGAUUAAUGAAUCAGAAUCCUGUUUCACUGGUGACUUGGAUAAAGAGUUUUUAAUUUUAACUUUGUUGUAAAACUGCUUGUCAUGAUUUCAAAUUAGAAAAUUAAAAUUGCAAAUAGCUUCACUUCUCCUGUUCAACAGAGGCUUAAGGCCACAUGUCCAAACUUGUCUCAAUAAGGAGGUGAUAUUUUACUAAGUUUCCCACGUGCACAUACUGAGUAAAUACAGAGCUAGGCCCAGUUUGUAUUGUACUCUGAAAUUAAUGCAAAGUCUCCUUGGUGAUUUUCGCAAAGGCCGUGGAUUUGGGUCAGAGGCACAUUUCAUACAUAACAGCCCUUAUAAACAUUUGCCCUGCCUCCACAUUUUACAGUAUCUUAAAACAGUACAUUUCUUUCAAGGAAUUUUAUCUCUGUCAGUACUCCAACUUAGUGGUUCUCACAGUGUGGACCAGGAGCAUCAGCAUCAUCUGGGGAAUUGUUCAACUCACCUCUUAAAACCUAUGAACUCAGAAACCCUGGGAGUGGGGCCGAGCAGUCUGUUUUAGAAAGCCCUCCACGUGAUUCUGAUGCAUGGUAGCCUAUGACAUAAUUCCAGACCAGGUGAAUCUCAGAUACUAAUCCUCACAUCAUUUGCCUUCUCACAUUACCCUCGUCUUGACCAUCUGGUGCCUGUUCUGCAGUUUAACAUUCUGCAGCAAUAAAAUGUUUUAUUAUGAAGUAUUAAUUUCAGUGUUCUAUACUUAGUGGGAACCACUGGUCUCAAAAUUUGAAACUAUUCUUUAAGAGGAGAACAUUCGCAAAGCAAAACUCAAGCAUACUUGGUUUUUCUCUGUAGUACUUUUGAAUGCUUUAUCUUCCUUACAGAAUAACUUGUCUUCCAAGUUACUUCCAAGUACUCCAAAAGGGUACGGAGUUAAGUCUUAAUCAUCUUUGUAUUCCUUGCACAGGACCUAGCAAAUAAUUGGUACUCAACGUUUGCUGGAUGAAUGAAAUAAAUUCCCAGAUGGCCACUUUGUGGAAA